AUGAUAUCGUAUUCAGGCUGCAGCUUGCUGCUGCUGUCGGUGGCUUUCGUGGGCGCUUCUUUCGCGGAGAUGGUCUUCCGUUGCCCGAGUUGCACCGCCGAACGUCAGGCUGCGUGCCCGAAGCUCACCGAGACCUGUGCAGAGAUAGUGCGCGAACCGGGCUGCGGUUGUUGCCCGGUGUGCGCCCGGCAAGAGGGCGAGUUAUGCGGCGUGUACACCCCGAGAUGCUCCAGUGGGCUCCGGUGUUACCCGAAGCCGGACUCCGAUCUGCCUCUCGAGCAGCUGGUCCAGGGGCUGGGGCUGUGCGGACACAAAGUGGUCACCGAGCCCACGGGGAGCCAGGAGCACCGGGAGCAAUUUAGCGGGGAGGUGGUGGACCUCCUGGACACAGGCCUGACAGAGAUCCCCCCGGUGAGGAAGGCCACUAAGGACAACCCAUGGCUGGGGCCCAAGGAGAACGCUAUGCGCCAGCACCGACAGGAGAUGAAGACCAAGAUGAAGAGUAACAAGCCGGAGGACCCCAAAACUCCCCGCGGCAAGCAGGUUCAGUGUCAGCAGGAGCUGGACCAGGUGCUGGAGAGAAUAUCUAAGAUGCCCUUCAGAGAUAACCGAGGCCCACUGGAAGACCUGUAUGCCCUGCACAUCCCCAACUGUGACAAGAGGGGGCAGUAUAACCUCAAACAGUGUAAGAUGUCUCUGCACGGCCAGAGGGGGGAGUGCUGGUGCGUCAACCCACACACCGGUCGGCCCAUCCCAUCAGCACCGACCGUGAGGGGAGACCCAAACUGCAACCAGUACCUUAGAGGACCAGAGAUGGACACCCUCGCCUCAGCCCAGAAAU